UCUCUGUUCCUUUCCCUUCCUUGGGGGAAAUGUGGGCUGCUGGCACAUUGAAAGUUCGCGAUUGCUUGGCUGGUACUUCCGUCACUCUGAGACGGUGCUUGAAAUUGGGAGCGACUAUGGCAAAGAGCAAAUUCGAGUACGUGCGGGACUUCGAGGCUGACGACACAUGCCUGCCCCACUGCUGGGUGGUGGUACGGCUGGACGGCAGGAAUUUCCAUCGGUUUGCUGAGAAACACAGCUUUAUAAAACCUAAUGACAGCCGUGCUCUUCAUCUAAUGACCAAAUGUGCCCAAACUGUAAUGAACGAACUGGAGGAUAUUGUGAUUGCAUAUGGACAGAGUGAUGAGUACAGCUUUGUGUUCAAGCGAAAAAGCAAUUGGUUUAAAAGAAGAGCCAGUAAGUUUAUGACUCACGUGGUUUCCCAGUUUGCCUCCAGCUAUGUGUUUUAUUGGCGGGAUUAUUUUGAGGACCAGCCACUUCUGUAUCCCCCAGGCUUUGAUGGAAGAGUCGUGGUGUAUCCUAGCAACCAGACUCUAAAGGACUAUCUCAGCUGGCGGCAAGCAGAUUGUCACAUCAAUAAUCUUUAUAAUACAGUGUUCUGGGCACUUGUGCAGCAGUCUGGCUUAACACCAUUACAAGCCCAAGAGAGAUUACAGGGAACUCUUGCAGCAGACAAGAAUGAGAUUUUAUUUUCUGAAUUCAACAUCAACUACAAUAAUGAGCCACUGAUGUAUAGGAAGGGGACUGUGUUGAUAUGGCAGAAGGUGGAGGAAAUCACAACAAAAGAAGUUAAGCUGCCAGCAGAAAUGGAAGGAAAAAAGAUGGCGGUGACCCGGACCAGGAAUGUGGUGGUGCCCUUACACUGCAAUAUCAUUGGGGAUGCUUUCUGGAAGGAACAUCCAGAGAUCCUAGAUGAAGACAGCUGACCCUUUGCUUUUCAGUCCUGGCGUGCUUAACCAUCUCGGCCCCCAAGUCUCCUGACUUUUGGUGGCCUUAGCAUCUGUGCCAUGCAGGUGUCCCGGGAGUGACAUGACUCUGGUUGGGAGGGGAGCGGAGAGAAAAGGGUUGGAUGUGGGUGGUAUAUCUUAUUCUGCUUUAAGUGGAACACCUUUUUUGCAGUGUUGAAACAUGGUUCCUUUGGUAGAAGUGCAUUUUUUUUAAAAAAUUGCGGUACUAUUUUUAUAAAGCGAGAACUAUGUUAUGCCUUGUAGGUGAAUCAUUUUUAGAUUGUGGCAUGGGUCUUACAAAACCCUGUCAAGCUUUUUUCACCUCUUCUAGAAGAUGAGCCCAAACUUCACUGUCGCCGGCUUGUGCUUUACCACAGAAUCCAGUGACCUCGGUAAUCUCACCUUUCCCACCCACCUAAUUGCAUUCAUCUUUGGCAGACCUGGAGCUAGUAUAGAUUGAUGCCUUCCCAGUGCCUCUGAAUGCAGGAACACCAGGGCAAACUCAGGGCUUUGUGCCAUUAUCCAAGUUGGCAACCUGGGCUGAACUAACGAGUUGUAGCUUCGGUAUCCUUGCAUAAAUAUUGCGUGGACUGAUUUUGUGGAGUUGUCAGCAUGAUCCUCAUCAUCUCACCAGGGGCAGUGAUCACAAGGCUGCUUACUCUGUCUCAGGAGAAAGAGAGUUACAUAUCUUUAUGGGAGAAGAAAAACGUGAGAAUGAAUGAGCCAGGAGGAGGAUACUCUCUGUCGUCUUAGCACUUCAGUUUUGAAAGUCACCUUCUUGUUGGACUUCCUGAAAAAGAUUCUCAGGUAGCCUCUGUAUAAUGAAACAAUGACAUUUGACUUGGAGAGCAGAGGGACCAACACUCAUCUUUGGGUCACAGGCAGUAGAGGAGCCCUAAUGGUUCUACCUGCUGAUGGGGAGUUGGGUGAGGAGCCACAGGAACUGCAUGUUGCUCGUGGCCUCCGAAGUGAGGAGGCAGUGGGGAUAGGCGGUAGAGAACUCACAUUUCCUUUUAUAUUCAUUCCAUAUUUUAGAGGAAAAAGAUGAAUUUGGCUCUGUAAAGAAUUAAUUAAAAGCCCACAUCACAGUGCCUGGUCUCACACUGUAGAAUUUACAGCCAAGAAAAUGUAUUUUUGAAAGAGCGAUGGCUGGUCUCAUCUCACUAAUUGACACCCCAUCUGUUGAUGCCUUUUUUCCCCUCCCUGUUCUCACUCCACAGGAAUUGGAGACAUGGCUUACAGUUGGUAAUUGAUAAAAUUUCUUUGAGAAGAAAAAAAAAUAAAGGUUUCAACUUCCUUG